UUUGGUUAAUAUGUUUUUGUUGUUGUCGUCAAAACUUCAUAAACACUCUAAGGUCAACUGUGACCCCUUGACACAACCCCUUGAGUCUUCUGUCUAGUGGUACAUUGUGCACGUGUGAGGUGCUUUAGUGUACAAUAUAUCUGAUGGUAUAAAUAAUUAUGUACAGCACAAGCACAGUAUGUCUGGUAAAGCAAUGCACAAUAUAAUUCUGAUGGCACAAUGUACAAAGCACGGAAUGUCCGGCCAUACAAUGAACAAUAUGUGUGCUGGUACAAUGAACAAUGUUUAUACAGGUAGAGAGAAGUACAGGGCCUGGUGGCAGAAGGAGGCGAGGCUGGGGUCUGCUGAGGCUGCACGGGGUGGCAACAUUCUCAAGUUCCGGUUUGAGAAGGCACCGACUCUCCUGGUGGCGGCGGAGGAGUGGCUACCCUACACGAAGGUCACUUGGUAUAACGACACCUUCGCCUCCGUCAGCGGGCCCUCCAGGAAGCUCCUUGAUGUGUUAUCCUCGACUCUGAAUUUCAAGUACAGGUUCGUGAGGGGGGAUGGGUACUUCGGUGCCCUAGAGAAGGAUGGGUCUUGGAACGGCAUGCUGGGGAUGUUACACAGGCAGGAAGUGGACAUGGCAUUAGGACCCAUCGGCGUGACCUACAGCAGGAGCAAGGUGGCCAACUUCACGGUGCCCCUCGGCCAGGAGUACUUCAGGAUCAUGACUGGGCGCCCUAGACCCCUCCCUGACCCCUGGACCAUUGCUGCCCCGUUUACGUGGAUGGUGUGGAUCUGCCUGCUGGUGUCGCUGCUGGUGAUGUGGAUGGUGAGCUUUAUGGUGGCGCAGCUGGUGAUCGACUUCCGGGGUCCUCGAGGCCUGAGUGACCAUCUGUUGACCGUGUUCGCUGUUCUCGUCUCUCAGGGUGUGACUUGGGAGCCGAAGGGAGCCGCCAUGAGGAUCACCUGUAUUACCUGGAUGUUCUUUUCUCUCAUCGUUACCUCCUACUUCAAGAGCUCGUACACCUCGCUACUGACGGUGAAGUCGUUACCCGCUACCCAUGAUGACCUGAGAGACAUCCUGAACGACCACAACCUGACUUUUCUACUGGAGGACAACACCAGCUUCAAGGCCUUCGUCCAGGAGUCGGAACAGUCUAUUGUAAAGGAAAUCUCAAAGGAGCUUAAACGCAGAGGAAGGUUCCUGAAGGCGUCCGAGCUACAGGAGGUACUGGAGAGGGACCUGCCUGACCGUGGCCACGCAGCCUUGUUGGAGGAACACACGAUCAAGAAAUAUAUGUCCAUUAACCUCUCCAAGACUGGGAGGUGUAACUUCUACAUGUCUCGGAGUUACAGCUAUUCAAUUUACAUCUCCAUGGCCGUCUCGAAGGGCAGUCCUCUCCUGGACCUCUUCAACGCCAGGAUCCUGUCGCUAAGGGAGUACGGCAUCUACGCUCAGUGGGUGACGGAGGAGCUACGGGGAGCCUCCCACUGUUACCUCGCCUCUAAUAGGGUGACCGAGAUUGCUCCCUACACACUAGUGGACAUGAAGAUGUCGUUCGUGUUGCUGGGCGGCGGGACGGGGUUGGCGGCUCUCAUCCUCCUGUGGGAUAUUAUCACCCACUGGCUCUUGGUGAGGAGACCUAACAAGGCCUCCAAGAUCACCAGGAAGUGAUGAUUAUACCUGGAGGAGGCACGGUAAAGGCUUCCUAAAGUGACGAACAUAAGUGGAGGAGACAUGACGUGUGUGUGUGUGUGUGUGUGCGUGGAAGUUUUAGUGAUUGUGUGUAAUUUAAUUGAGUGUUUAUGUGGUUUCAUUAAUGAUGAGUUAGGUGCAUUAAAUAAGGAAGAUAAGUGGUGUGAUGUUAGUGAUAAUGUGUUAAACAAUUAAGUGUAUAUAUUACAGUGUCAGUGUUCAUAUGUAACACAAUUAUGUACAAAUAUUGCAUUAAGUAAGAUGGCCGUAUAUGAUUAAUUAGUAUACCUUUACCGGUUACAUAACACAUGGGUAGGUGUUCUGUAUCCCACGAUAGAUGGACAACACCUAUGAAAUUUGACAUAUUUUUAAGAUAAAUCAAAGGGACAAAACAGAAUACAACGCUGUUUGUAUUACUGUAAACAUUGUAGAUAUUUGUUUAUGUAUAAAUAAAUGUAAUUAGUAA